AUGGGACCACCUUCCAAGAAGCGGCGCUUGAGCCCACCGCAGUCCGACGAGAACGUCUCAGGCGCGAAGGUACAGAAUGCAUUCUUCAAGAAUGCUGCCAGCUGGAACCUAGAGCAGGACUACGAGUCACGCCCCAGGAAAGGAAAGAAGAAGGAGAAGGAGAGCAACAAGCUUCCCAUCAAGACGCCGGAUGGUCGCUUGGCACAGGUGCCUGUGAGCCAGGAAGCUGCUCCCAUUGAGAGUGACGAUGAGUGGUUGGAUGGGAACGAGAGCGAUGGCGCAGCCUCUGAGGCUGCCGACGAACCCCCUCCGGCCGAACCCACAAUGUCAGAGCGUGAACAGAUCAUCAAGGCGAAGGAAGAGCUGGCCAAGAUUGGUCUACACCUGAGCGAAAACCCAGAGGAAUAUCCCGGAGCUUUUAAACAGUUGGGGAAGAUUGGGGACUCAAGGAUUCCUGCGAUCCGCAAGCUCUGCAUAGUGACGCAGCUGGCAAUAUACAAAGACGUGAUCCCAGGCUACCGGAUACGACCGAGCACUGAGGAUCCCCCCGGGGCGAAGUUGUCCAAGGAAGUCAAGAGUCUGCGGUCAUACGAGCACGCCCUGGUGGCUGGUUACCAAGCGUACUUGAAAAAGUUGACCGAGUACGCAAAGCUGAAGGGUUCCGCGGACAACAACAGUCUGGCGAGGGUCGCCAUCACUUGCGCCUGCACAUUGGUCACAUCAGUACCUCAUUUCAACUUUCGAACAGAACUUUUGAAGAUCUUGGUCGGGAAACUGAGCGCUCGAAAAGUUGAUGAAUCCUUCACGAAGUGCCUAAAAGCCCUCGAGACCUUGUUCCAGGACGACGAAGAGGGAAGGCCCUCGAUGGAAGCGGUGUCUCUCCUGACAAAGAUGAUGAAGGCGCGAAAAUAUCUGGUUGACGAAAGUGUUCUCAAUCUGUUCCUUUCUCUGAGACUGCUCUCCGAGUUCUCUGGGAAAGCCUCGAAAGACGAGGUGGACACUGCAAAUGACGGCAAGAAAGCUAAGAGGAAAUGGGAGCAUCGUACAAAGCGCGAGCGGAAGGCCAUCAAGGAAGAGAAGGCUCUGUCGAAAGUGAUGGCGCAGGCAGAUGCUCUGGUGAGCCACGAGGAGCGAGAUCACAUGCAGUCAGAGACUUUGAAGCUUGUCUUUGCUACCUAUUUCCGGAUUCUAAAGCAGAGGCAGCCAAACCUCAUGGGAGCUGUGCUUGAGGGACUGGCGAAAUACUCUCACCUGAUCAACCAAGACUUCUUUGGCGAUUUGCUUGAGGCCAUGAAGGACCUCAUCCGGCACAGCGAGGAGGAUGCUGAGAAUGAUGAGGAGGAUGGAGAGGAAGAGAAGGAAGAUGUGCCCGUUCGGAAUACAAGCCGUGAGGCGCUGCUAUGUACAGUGACGGCUUUCACCCUCCUCGCCGGCCAGGAUGCACACAAUGCCCGCGCAGAUUUGCACUUGGACCUAUCCUACUUCUCGACGCACCUUUUCCAAGGCCUUUUCCCCUUGUCGAUGGACGCGGACCUGGAACUGGGAGCGAGGGCCUUACAUUUGCCGGAUCCCGACAGCCACCGGGUUCCCAAACUCAACAAGGUCAACCUGCAGACAACAACAGUCCUCCUGAUCAGGUGUCUGACGGCAAUCCUCCUGCCUCCGUGGAACAUCCGCUCGGUCCCUCCGCUACGCAUCGCAGCAUUCGCGAAGCAGCUGAUGACAAUUGCUCUGCAGAUGCCGGAGAAGUCGUGCCAGGCCGUACUCGCCUUGUUGAACGACGUGACAUACACACAUGGGAAGAAGAUUGGAGCAAUAUGGAACACAGAGGAGAGGAAAGGCGAUGGAACCUACAACCCCCUCAGUGAAUCUGUCGAGGGAAGCAACCCAUUUGCAGCUACGGUAUGGGAGGGGGAGUUGCUGAGGAGGCAUUACUGCCCCAAGGUCCGCGAGGGACAAAAGCUGCUGGAGAAGAGUCUGAGGACUCUGUGA